CAAUAUAUUUAUGACUAUGUUCAAGAGGAAAAUGCCAGAAUUAAAUGAGCUACUACCAUUGGAAGACCUGGAAAGUAUCCUUCGAGAAACAAUAAGUUCAACUCUAACGGUACAAGUCAAGGAAUGGAAGCACCUGACAGAUCCUGGUGAGAACUUUGGUAGUCUAAUAUUAGCAGUAAACGUCGAUGUCAUAGAUAAUUUAAAGCAAGAAAUUUAUCAUUUGGUCUGCAAAAUGCCACCUAAAUCUGAUUAUCUGCUUGAUCUCUUCAAUAGUCCUAUUACAUUUAAGAAAGAAAUUUACUUCUAUAAACAAAUUGCACCAGCCUUCCUUCAACUUCAGAUUAACAGCGGUUUUAAUGAGAAUGAGCUAAUAAAGUUAGUGCCGCACUUUUACGGAGGAAGAAUGGGUCUACAUGGGACAGAGAAAUUCGACAGUCAAGCCUCCAUUGUUCUAGAAAAUCUGCAAUACUUAGGUUACUCUACGCAAGAUCGAAUUGUAGGGAUGGACCUUGAGCACAUGGAAUACGGAGUACGUGAACUAGCAAAACUGCACGCCAUUGCUUGCGGUUACAGAAUAAAAAAUCCGAAAGAUUUUGAAGAGACGAUCGUACCGGGUCUCGAAUCCGCGCACAGUGAAGUAGCAAUGAAAUGUGUUUUAGAAAUGAUACGUAAAGCUGUCGAAAAUCUCAAAAAAAUGGACGCGGCAAAGCCCUACAUAGAUAAAGUAUUUAAGACCUUAGAUUACUGUGAAAAAGUUGAGAAUGAAAAGAAGCCAUUAAAUAAAAACUGGUGUACUUUCGUACAUAGCGACUUUUGGGUUAACAAUAUGAUGUUUCGUUACAGUAAUAACGGCAAAAUAGUUGGAAUGAAAAUCGUCGACUUCCAAUUAAGCCAAUAUGACUAUGGUAUGAAGGAUCUUAUUUUCUUUCUCAUAUCCAGUGCGAAAAAAGAUGUCAUCGACGAAAAUUUAAAUGAUCUUAUAAGCUUGUAUUACGAGACCUUUAUCGAAACCUUACAAUCACUCAAAGUUGAUACAAAAGAUUUUCCAAAGGAGGAAUUCGAUGCAUUGCUCAAGGCAUGCGCACCACUUAAAUUUCCCCAAUGUAUUAUGAUGAUGCAGGUGAUUAAAGCAACUCGUGGAACUGCACCCGAUGUUAAUAGCAUAAAAAAUAAAGAAGCCUUCCUGAAUAUUGGCAAAGGCCAGAUUUACGAAGAUAAAUUGUUACAUGUUCUUCUAAGUUUUGUAAAAUACGGAUGGUUGGCAGAAUGAAUUUUCAAUUUGUCUCCAAUCGUUUUA